AUGAAAGGCGGGGCCCGGGCGGUGCCCGACACCAACAUGGCCGCUGCCAGUGCCCAACAUGGCGGCGACCGCCUCAGGGCCCGCCCCGUGCGCAUGCGCUGUGCGAUGCUGAGGGCGCUGCUGAGGGAGCCGCUGCCAUGGCGGCCCCAGYGCCCCCCGUUCGGCCUGAGGGGUUCGGUCUGCACCGCUCCGGGGCCUCUCUGGGGGCCGCUCUGGAGCGCUGCCCGCCCGCUGUGCACCGCUCCGGGGCCUCUCUGGAGUGCUAUCCGCCCGCUCUGCACCGCCCCGGGGCCACCGCCGGCCACACAUUAUCGCCUGGUGUACACCUGCAAGGUGUGUCAGACCCGCUCAGCCAAAUCCAUCUCUAAGAUUGCCUACCACCGAGGGGUGGUGAUCGUGACAUGUCCCGGCUGCGGGAACCACCAUGUCAUCGCCGAUAACCUGGGCUGGUUCUCCGACCUGCAGGGAAAGAGGAAUAUYGAGGAGAUCCUGGCAGCCAAGGGGGAGAAGGUGAGACGUGUGGCUGGUGAGGAAGCCCUGGAACUGCUGCUGGAAAGCUCGGCAGAGCCUGGGCCCCAAGGUCAGCUGGCAGAAGGGGAUGGUGGGGAAAAACCCCCAGAGCCUGGCAGCAAGGGACACAGCUGACACAAGGGACUGUGGCCUGUGUGACACACCUGACAC